AUGAUAAAUAAAAGGAACAAGAAAGAAUUGGAUGGAAUGAUAAGCGCCUUAAAAGAUGAAAAUCAUAAAGAAAAAAAGGGAGAAUUUGAUGAAUUUUUACAGUAUCUAGAACUGUUCGCACCCGAUACGAUUCUAGUCUCCUUUCUUCAAAUUCCUGAUGAAGGUCGACAACUUUUGUUCGAAACUUUUGAUGAAAUAUUAACAGAUUUAAAAAAUAGUAAAAACAAAAAAGACAAAAAAGGAAAGAUAAUUAAAGGCAAUUCUCAACAUCCAGCUGUCGAUUUGAAAAAAUAUCACAACAAAUUAAACAACAUUAAUCUCAAUGCUCAUACAAAAAAACGAAUUAACCAAUUCUUCACAAUUGUUCAAAACGACUUUAAGCAACUGCCAGCAUAUUUAACAGAGAAUUUUGCUAGUCUUUUCAGAAAAAUUGCAAUAUUAGGACUCCCGGGAUUAAAAGAAGCAUUAAUCCGUUACUUGGAAGUAUGGAAUUAUGCAAAUCCUCAGGAUCAGCAAAUGAUGGCAAACGCAUUUCCUAAAUUGGCUUUCUUCUACAACGGUAAAUUGCCGAUAAAGGCUUUAAUUACGCAUUCAAAAUCAAUGACUAUGAAUGAUUGGGCUUAUCAUUCAUUAAAAGGAAAUUUCUUUUAUAAAAUUCCACUUUUGAUAUUGCUUAAAAUGAUUUUCAUGAACAAGCCAAAAUUGGAGAAAAAUGAUAGUGCUUUAUUUAAUGAAUUGCGUGAAAAACUAAAAAAUGAUUUUAGCGCAAACAAGAAGCUUAUUGAUGAAAUUGGAAACUUUUUCAACCGAGGAAAAGUUCUUGUUGGUUCACCCGAAAUUUUGGAAAAUUGA